CCCAUCCAUCGGCCUACAAUCGAUGAACUAAUUAAUUGUCAAUGGUUUCAGACAUAGUAAAUGAAUGGCUAUUCCAGCAAAAGACUCGUUCGAGCGUUUCGGUGACGAUCUGACAGAAGUACUGUUAGAUUAUCUUCAGUUUGACGACAAAUUCAGAUACGAAUGCACUUCAAGACAAUGGCAACGAUUGGUUUACAACAAAGUCAAUACCGUCGAAGUUGUCGCACAUGAAAAACAAUUCAAACGAAUAAACGACAAGUCAUUUGAUUUAUCAAAAUGGCAGACAAUCUUCAAAAAGUGUCGAAAUGUCACAAAAGUAUUGCUUGAAAUUGAUUAUAUCAUCGACAGAGGAGCUGAUGGUGAAGAGAUCACACAAGAGGUUGUACUUACAGACAGUGAUGCAGACAAGUCGUCAGAGAAUGAAGACGUGAUCUAUGAUGACAUGUCUGAUGACAACAAAAAAGUUCUCAAAAAACAAUUAAUUAAAGAUAUUAGAGACAAGUUUUACGAUCAGAUUAUUGAAUUAGUCAACAAAAUGAAAGAUCAAAUUGUGAACAAUACAGACAAUAGUCAAAUGAUUAUCAACGAUGUAGUCGAACAACUCAUCCAUACUCUUGUCAUUGAUCUGAUUGAUGAUAAAUUCGGUGAUAAUGAAGUAUCCAAUGAUAGUGUCAUUACCGACAACAGUGAUGGCGACUAUGAUUACGACGAAUCAUUCGAUAGCUAUGAAACUCAACCCGAAGUUCGCGAUCGUGUCGUCCAAAUCUACGAACAACUCACUGAUUUGGUGGUCAAAGAGUGUCUAUAUUUGACACGUUUUACAUCGUCUGCUCCAAGAAUUAGUAACGAUGUGGUGAUCGCAUUGAUCGGCAGAUUUGGUCGACAAUUAAAGACACUUCAAUUUCCCCGUCUUAUUGAACAAUGUCUGCAAAUAACACUAAGUUUAUCAUUAAUGCCGAACUUGAGAGUCGUGGACGAAACCAUUGCCAUCGAUGGUCUAAUCAGUAGUAUUGACGACAACGAAACAAAUCUAAUUCCUAAACGACUCAAAAUUUUCGACUAUUAUUGUUUUGACAAUAAUGUCGACAAGUUUGCAAAGUUUGCCGAAAUUUGCUGCAAAAAACAAAUACCGUUAAUAAACAUGUGUUUAGAGAUUGAAUACAAACUUAUCGAUAAAGUCAUCAGUUGUUUGAAAUGUUUUGCAUCGCUAACAGACAUCAAUAUCUGUGUCACGAAACGACACAUCAAUAAACAACAGUUUCAGCAAUUGGUGGUCAACUGUCCAAAACUCAAACGAUUUGCUUACAAAUUUUUGGCCGACUAUCCGAUGGUUGUAAACUAUAAGACAGUUGUCUCGGAUAUCAAUGAAGUGUUUGGCGAGACUCAAGUGUCGGCACUGUCUCUGACUUUUAUAGCCAACGACAUAAACUUUGUGAUGACUAGCGAUAUGUUGAACCGAUGCCGACAAUUGACACGAUUGGCAAUCUAUUGUCAUACCAUCAUUCGGGAGCCAUUUUUUGUCAAUCUGGCCGUCAAUUUGCCGAAACUCAGUGAUUUGAUUUUAGGCUAUGUUGAGCUGACCGACCAGUCGCUAGAAUCGCUAUCGAAAUUGAAACAAUUGGUCACAUUUACGGUCAAUCAAUUAGGAAAUUGUGAAUACAAUGAGUUAGACCUUAUGUAUCUCAAGAUGAGACCAAAGUUCAGGCAAUUUACUGUCACUCAUCGUUGCAUAUAUUCACAGAUAGAUUAGUGUUUUCAAC